UUCAUCUAAGAGUGGCUGAGCAGAGCUGAGAGAAGCCACAUCCCCGGUGCCCGUGCCAGGGCCCGCAAAGGGUUAAGCCAUUAGCCCAUAUCCUGGUGAGCUCAUCCCCGCUGGAGCCUGCUCAGUGGCUGGACUCGCUGCACACCGGCUCCUGGGCCGGCCCAGGGAGGCUUUCUCGGCUGGGAUGAAGAACUUGAACAGAAACUCAUCACUGGCUUCCUCCCCGUGUGAGCCGCGUGCGACUCCCCGGUGCCCCAUCCUCCCCGGGGACGGCAGGACACACAAAAGCUCUGCCUGACCCUCCACCCAGGCCGAGCUGGAGGCGGAUGCUGAGCGCAGGAAGGUGUGUGAGGAGCCCUUUGGCUUUGCCUUUGCUUCUAACUGCUGCAGGUCCCACAUGCCAGGCCCUGAGGAGCUGUGACGAUGGAGACUCUCCCCAAAGCCCUGGAAGUCGACGAGAAGUCUCCUGAGUCCAGGGACCUGCUGCCCAGCCAGACCGCCAGCUCCCUGUGCAUCAGCUCCCGAAGCGAGUCUGUCUGGACCGAAGCCCCCAGGAGUAACUGGGAAAUCUACCGCAAGCCCAUCAUCAUCAUGUCCGUGGGCGGGGCCAUCCUCCUCUUCGGCGUGGCCAUCACCUGCCUUGCCUACACCCUGCAUCUGGGGCAGACAAGCCUGAAGGUCCUUAAGAUGACGGGGCCUGCAUUCCUGUCCCUGGGACUCAUGAUGAUGGUGUGCGGGCUGGUGUGGGUGCCCAUCAUCAAGAAGAAACAGAAGCAGAGGCAGAAGUCCAUGUUCUUCCAGAGCAUCAUGUCCUUCUUCUUAAAUCGCUGAUGGGUGGCCUCCCCUGCUGGCCUCCCCUCGCCCUGCAUCUCAACCAGGAGAAGGAGAGCUGGUGACCAACAUCCAACAUCCCAUCGCCUUGGUGGCGGGGUUUGCCAUAAAAGCGAUCCGGGCAAGCCCACUUCCGGGAUCUGUGGGAAAGAGAGAGCUCAGGACUCCGUGCUCCGUGAAGUUGGGGAGCAUUGCUGGAUGCAUCUCAUUUAGUGUCUUAUCACCGACACUCCCCUUGAUCCUGCCCGCAGCCAUCCCCUUUCAUGGCUCUCAUUCCCUGUCAUGCCUUCAGUCAUUCAGGAGUCACUCAGCUAACUCUCUCUGCCAAGUGCUAUGCAUGUUGGGAAAUUCCUUGGGGUAGGCUAUGCCCCACGGACAGCCUCAUGUUUACAUAGCUGAGUGCCUGAACGAGAUUCACAUCUCUAUCCUUCUAGAAUGAAACUGACCAACAGUGGUCCUUCAGAGAGGGGAGGGAGGGCUGACUUCUGACCCCUGGGUUUGCCAGUCCGGCUCGUGGGUGAGAUAUUGACUUGCAUUUCAAGAGACCAGACAAGUCACAAGUAUCAAACAUUCCAAAGAGUGAACAGAAAAGGGGCUGGGGAAGCCACGACCCCCCUGGACAAGCUGGGUCAGGCAGCCAAGGAAGUCAUGUCUCAGUUACGUAGUAUUUACAGAGUCGGUGGGAUGUGCUAGGGGUGUCACAGUUUCUCCUUGGUCUUCUAACUCCUUCUCCUUGACUACUCUCCCCUUCUGAGGAGAGUAGUCAAGGACAAGUGCAUGUGGCCCUAACAUCCUCUUUGUCCCUACCCUUGAUUCUAGAAUAGCAACGAUGAGCUUCAGAGGGAUUCUAUAAGAUUGCUCUCUCCUUCACCGCCAUUUAGAAUCAAAACUGAGAGGACAGAAUUCCACAUUUGAAUGGCUUGUAGGUUUCCAUAGGUGGAAUUCAGUUUCAAAAAUCUGUCUCCCUGCCCCCACCCACCAAACAAACAUAUAUUAUGGGCCAACCCCUGGGCUGGAAGCAGACAGACACGUUCCUGCUCUCGUCUUCUUCCCAAAAUGCGAGAUACAGCCCGGCCAGAAGGCACUGGGCAGUGUACUUGAUGGGAAAAGGUGGCUGGGUGUGGCAGCAGGACUUGAGAGAGGACAUAGAAGUCACGGGAGUCCCCAUCACUCAAUCUGGGAACAAAAGGAAAAUGAGAGCUAGCAAAGAGGAGGAAGGAGAGGCAUCUGGGGCAGCAGGAACUGUCUGUGCAAGCCGGAUAGGGAGAGAACACUUAGGAAACUGCAUAGAAACUCUUCUAACCUCCCAAAUGUUAUACUUCACCCUCUCUUGUGGCUGCUUCUCCUCCAAGGGCCUCAGGACAGCAUUUCCUGGGCUGCACCAAGGGCCUCCGGGGUGUGUGGGAGACUGGAAGGGGGUUUCCUGAGGGCCUGCCAAACAGAGAGCACCCAUGUGGAAGGUGCUCCCAAGGCCAGAGACAGAUGAGGAGGGUGACAGACAAGGAAGGGUACCUGAGACAGGUUGCCAAGACGCCACCCUAAGUCAGGCCCGGGCCAGUGGAAAGCGUCUGAUAAGGAGCUGGGGGAGAGAUGUGUCCUGCCCUGCACACACCCCUGGCUUGAGCUGACUCCCUUCACUCCUUAGUCUUCUGGUCACCAUGGCAACCUUUUUCUCAACAGCCCUCCAGGGAUCUCCAUCUGGUUCCCUCGGCAUCAUGGGAAAUUCCUUAAAGGCAGGUACCUGUGACAUGAGGGCAUCCCAAACCCUUCCUCCCUAAGGAGCCAGAGUUCAGGGAGCUGGUGGCCUUUGAACUUCACCCAGAAUGGUCAUGUUCAAUAGGUGUGGCCGAGUCACCCCUGCACACAGUGGGGUCAAGGAUCAACCCUGGGGUGUUGCAAGUGCUAUGUCACUAACUGUAGCUCCGGUGCCCCCAGUGACCGGCUUGCAGAUCAUUUCCUUUCUCUGACGUGAAGGCAGGUUUCAUAUUGGCCCUGUGAUGUCAUUCCUACAUACCUUGAUGCUUCCUCCCAGGAGAGCAAAAUGGUGUGGUCUCCCAGUUAGCGCAAUGGAAAUCCACAUGCCCUGUGUCUUGAUUCAUCUGCCCGAAAGCUGGUUGUCUGGGCAGAGCUGUGGGAGGGGCCCCAGGUGGAUGUCACUACCACCCUGUCUUAGUGGAAGGAAGUUUGGGGGCAUCCAGGACUCUAGAAAGUGUCCAAGCUCUGGAUUCCCCUUGCAGGCUGCAGUGAUACUUGUCCACAUUCCCUGCUCCUCAAGCUAGUUUUCAGACAGGAAAUUUAGGAAAGCUCUGAGGAGAGCUCCCCAAGCUUCAUGCAACCCCCUUGAGGACUCCUAUGUGAUUGUGGGCCUAGGAGCACGCCAGCGUCGCACUAAAGGGUUUUGCCAAAGCCUCACCCCUUGGAAACCUGAGGUGUGGGUGUGCCUGGCCUGUGGAUGCAGCCCAGGUAGGAUGCCGCGCCUCUGACAAAAGCUCCACCACAUGACUGCGUUCGCGCCUGAGGGUCAGGGAAGGGCCAGCAUCCCUGCUCAGCCAGCUGGAUUGCAUUAUCCCCCAUCACUAUUCUCUCCGGAGAGUGCAAUUGAACCUGAGGCCUAAGGAAUUGAUGUCAUGUUGAAUUGUAUUCAACUUGCUGCUUACCAGUGAAUUCUAUUGUACUUCUUCUAUUGAACGGUGUCUGCUGUUUCAUUCUGCUCCACCAGAAUUCCCAGGACUGGAUCCACUCAUUCAUUCCUCUAAGCUGCCCCUCUCAUCACCACAUGUCUACUCCCCCAUUCGGGAGCCACCCAGGAGAAAGGGGGUGGGGUGGGUCUCAGGCAUGGUUCCUCAGGGCCUCACAGGAGCUGACGACCCCACUCUCCAUCACAUCCAUCCAGGAGGGAGGCCACAAUAGAUGCAGAAAAGGCAGCUUCCGAAUGAGUCAGUGGUGCAGGGCUGGGGGGUAGGGAGAAGGAAGGGGAGAAGGCAGCACCCAGGCCAGCCUGUCACUGUCCCCAGGAACUGGCACUUGAACUAGCAGUUCAAGUCCCGGGCCCUCCAUAGCCUCCUUCUUCCUCCUAAGCCCUCCUUUCUCCCGGCCCAGCCUCUCCACCCCACUAGGUCUGCAUCCUGACUCUCUUCACAGGGCUCCCACCAGAUUCCUGUGUCCUUGACUUUCUGCUUGUCCCAGCUUGCUCUGUCCUCUAAGGGAAAGCAAGAGGGUGGUGCUAGGU